AUGUCUUUUGAUCAGAUGUCAGAUUGUGAACUUCUUGAUAUGGUAGCCAAAAAUAUGAUCAUCCUGAAAAAAGAAUUUUCACAAUUGCAAGGUGCUUACAAGGCCCAAAGUGAUCAAUUAGCACUAUUAAGGGCUGAACUGGAGGAAUAUUGCAAUCAAUCACAUAAUCAACACAUUUUUUACUCCAAUCAAAUCCAAGGAGCCACUGCGUCCAUCCAGGCUGUGCAAGAUCAGCUACUCCACAUGUCCACCACUUGUCCCACGGCUCCACCUCCACCUCCUGCACCUUCUGGCACUGCCACCUCCACCAAUCUCCCUGCCCUGUCAUCCCCAAGUUCUGAUUUAAAGUUUGCCAAGCCCAACAAGUUUAGUGGCAAAAAAGAAGACGCCCUUAAUUUUAUCAUUGCCUCUGCUGGAGACUGGGUUUGCCCAUACAAAGAAAGGAAGGUGUUUAGGGGUGAAGCGGUCCCCUUAUUGGAAGACAUUGAUGUGUUUUGGGCCAAAUUUACUAAGCACUAUGUGGAUACAAAUUGCAAUGAGAAGUAUUGUCAAAAAUGGAACAACUUGCAGCAAAAGACCUCAGUCCAAGAGUACACUCAAGAGUUCCAACAAUACUCCAUGUCCUUAGGCUAUAGUGAUGAGACUUUGUGUGACAAGUACUAUAAUGGCCUCAAAAAUGACAUCAAGGACAUCAUGUUCUCCACCAUGUUCCAAUGGCGCCGUGCUAUGGCUCAGCAAGUUUACAACAAGGCAGAAGAAAUUGCAAAUCAUAUUGAAUCUACACGUCUGUCCAAUCCAUCUGUCUCUUCCUCUACAGCUUGUACAUCCCCAAACGUUAUCUCCCAGUCCACUCCCACUCCUACCUGUACUUGCCUUAACGUAGGAGAUAACGUUUACAUGAUCAAUCCAACCACUUGUUGUGCCAAGAAAGGCGCUAUUACUUCCAUUGUUUGCACAACCUCUGGCAAUAUGCCAAACGUUAGGUGGAAUGGAGAAUCAAAAGAUACUAUGAUUCCUUUCCCCUCCCUCAAAAAAGACAAACAUCCUGCUGCUGCUGCGCCCAUCAAGCCUAUCAUUGCUCCCACCCCUGUCCUAGCCUCAAAUGCCAAAGGUCCAGGCCCAAUGGACCUUGAUGGAAAAGGCUUUGCAAGUGUCAUGUGUCACAUGUGCAGUGGUAAGGGACAUUUUGCGUGUAAUUGCCCCUCAAAGCCCAUGUCUGGACAUGUGGCUAAUAUUGAAUGGUCUUGGGAAAGGCCCAAGGAAGAAAAUUGUAUUGAAGUCAUUUUGGAUGAAGAAGAGUCAGGAAAAGGGAAAGCCAAGGCCAAUUAA